AUGCCCGUUCAAACCAGUCCACCGUCACCCCCGGACUCGUUCCCGACGUUCAUGUCUGUGUUUGGCGAGAGAUCGCCCAGUUUUUCCAACAACGAGCAAAGCACAGCUGUCAGACCUCUUCGAGUUCCCACCCAUGUCACGAUCAAUACGUCAAGACGUCCACUUCCUUUUCAGCAUCGUGAGAGUAUCUCCUCAAUGACAUCAGGAUCCACCGACUCCUCUCCCACCACUACCAUCUCCACAUUUGACUCGCUCUCAGCGCCCGAUACUUCUCCCAGCUCCUCCCCAGAGUCUCCGUUAUCGAUGCCACUACCGUUUCCAAAAUUCAUGGCGCCCAUGCACAAUGUCGAGAGCCAAAUGCUCUCGCUACCCCAGAACAGUCUCCCCAAAAUCUCGCCCGAAAGCACGAAUCCAAUUCGUCUGGAGCGUCCGGAUUCCCCUGGUCGACGCGCGCGGAAUCUCAAGAAUUUGUCCUUGAGGAUGCCGCCGCCGUCCCAAUCGUCUCGUCCUCCCAUUGCGACGGCUUCCUUUGUUGAAACAACCUCGCAGCGCCACCUCUCAGCACCACCUUCCCCGGUACACAUCCCCCCCAAGAGCACACGGCGGAGACCCGCGAACUUGACUAUUCGAACUCCCGGUUUCGACAAGUCAUUUUCUAGCAAUAUUACCGAAAUGGUCCCACCUACCCCGCAUGCCCUACGACACACGGAAUCAUCCCCUUCUUUAACCUCGAUCUUCUCCCCUUCUUUUGGCCCCAAAGGCGGCAUGCAAUUGCCUCGGCCAAUGACUCAUCAUGGAACCCGACGACCAUCAGCUACCUCCGAGGACAACCGUUCGCCUUUGCAACCGGUUCCAGACGAGGAUUCUCUCUCGGGUGGUGUGUUACAUGAACUAGAGGAAGAAGAUGAUCAACUGGACUCCAGAGAGUCAACCCGGCGCAACGAACGCGGUUACCCCAAUGGACCUGUACGAAUCUACGAUUCUGGACUCUAUCUUUACCUGGAGCCGACAGCGCAAGAAGCUUCUCAGUUUGAUGUUGUCGUGAACGUGGCGAAGGAAGUGGCAAAUCCAUUUACCAAUACGAGUGCCCAAAAUGGCACCGUUGUGAGUACUCUGCGGAAUGCAUCAAUAAGCUCUAAGCGACUGUCCACCCUAUCUAUUGGAGAGCCACGAACUGCCGUUUCAGAGGCAUCCUUCAAGUCGGCGUUUGAGUAUCCUCCGAGCGAAUCCGAGUCUCCCGCCACACCCCGGAACGAGACGUCUGGUCCGGAAUACGUGCAUGUUGAUUGGGAUCAUAAUUCAGAGAUUCUUGACGAUCUCCUCCCUCUGUGCGAGUUUAUUGACUCUCGGAUAUCGGAAGGCAAAAAGGUGCUCGUGCACUGUCAGCUAGGCGCUAGUCGAUCAGCUUCAUUGGUGAUUGCCUAUGGCCUCUACAAGAAUCGACACCUGGAUUUUAACUCUAUGUACGAAAUUGUGAAAGAACGGAGUCAAUGGGUCGGGCCGAAUAUGAGCCUGAUCUAUCAGUUGACGGAUUUCCGUUCCCGAUUGCUCCGUGGUAGUCCCUCCAAGCCUGCACGCGAAGAGUGGUUUGUACGAGGAUCUCGAAGAAGCUCUGAACCACAACCCCCGCGCAGUGAGAAAUUGGACCAUUCGGAAAUAUUUAUUCCUGGUAGCUGUAGUGGUGACUCUGACGCGGGGCAGACGUCAUCGAAUGGCAUGUCGCAGGCAUCGAUGAGCUCACUCUCCGUGCCUUCAACGAACAAGACCACACCGACUUCGACAGAAAGUCCACGACUCUCUAACUCGCUCUCACACAAGCGAAGCUUAUCUCCGCGGCCGUUACCCCUUCGACAGACGACCUUCCACACAUUUGACUCGUCGUUUCGGUCCGUACGGCCAACCUUUGGAACGAAUCCAUGGCGCUCGGAGGGCAGUCCUUAUUCCCUAGCUAAGACGGACAUCUUCGCGCACAAUGCCUCGGAAGAACCCUUGGCGCUCUUCUCUCCCAGGACCACUGGGUUCCUGGCAGGUCCACAUUCCGUCUCCGAUGUGCUAGAGGACGAUGGUCCCAAUAGCCUCCGGUUUGGGGCGAGGAUUGCGGAUCCUAGGUCACCUGCUCCUGGGACCGAGCGCCUUAUCAUGAGAAAUAUUGACGAGUUUCUGUAA